AUGCCUGGUGGAGUUUCCGAAUAUGAUAUCAUGCACAAGGCCGCCUUUGCUCCCAAAGAUACCACUCGGUGGCGCGAAGUAAAUGGAAAUAUUCUUCAUCCUUACUGGAUAACUCAAUCAGCUGUUGGUUCGUAUUCGAUCUCAGUCGACCCAGAUCGAAUCAUUCCUCUCGUCAAUGAAGUUAAAGUGCGAGAAGCAAAUGAAUUCUGCCUCAGUUUCUACUUCGAAAAUUCUGAGCUUCGAAAAACUCCAAGACCAACGAUGGAAACUCUUCUUUAUAAAAUCUCCAUCAAAGAUACCGCCAUUGAAUUGCAAAAAAACUUUCUCGCGGAGACUUCUCGCCCAGUUGGUCUUCCGGAUAUGGAAAUUCUCUACAAGCCGAUUUUCUCUACGUGGGCAAUUUUUAAAAGAAAUAUUACUCAGGAUAAACUCCUGGAGUAUUUUGAGGAUAUUGUUUCAAACGGAUACUUGCCCAGUAAUUUUGAGAUUGAUGAUGGCUACGAAGAGCACUACGGCGAUCAUUCUUUCGACAAAGAAAAAUUUCCGAAUAUGACCGACCUGAUCAGUAGAAUCCAUGAAUAUGGUAGCAGAGUGACCAUUUGGAUCACACCGUUUAUCAAUAUUUUUUCGACUAAUUUCGACGAGUUCUCCGAUAAUAACUGCUUUGUGAAAGGAAUCGAUAGAAAUGGUGAGGUCUUCGAAAUCAUCCCAUGGUGGGAUGGCCUUGGUGGCAUGGUCGAUUUUACAUCUGAUGAAUGUUCUGAUGCGUUCCAUUCUGAUCUGCGAGUCUUUAUGGAGAGUAAUGAUUUUGAUGGGUUCAAAUUCGACGCUGGAGAAACGACUUACAUGCCAAGUGAUUUUAUUACCAACGGAAAUGUUUCAAGAUCGGUAGACUGGACAUCAGCUUACAUAAACAGCAUCAGCAAAAGCUCUUAUGAGAGUGUUGAGAUCAGAUCUUCUUGGGCAGGCCAACACCAUCCUCUUUGGUUGCGAAUGAUGGACAAAGACUCAGUUUGGGGAACCGAAAAUGGACUCCAAAGUCUCAUUCCACAUCUUAUAACCGCUUCCCUGCUGGGUUAUCACUAUAUUCUGCCGGAUAUGGUUGGGGGAAACGCGAAUGAAGAGUGUUUUGGAUGCACUUAUGUCCCUGAAGAAGAACUUUACAUUCGAUGGAUUGAGCUUACUGCAUUCAUGCCAGCAAUACAGUUUUCUCUGGCACCCUGGCAAUAUGAAUCCGAGGAAACAAGAAGGAUCUGUAAGUACUGGACGGAUUUUCAUCAUGAUGUCAUUGCUCCAAUUUACGAAGAUAUUUGGAGAAAAUUGAUCAACGGCUCUGAUAUUUUACCAAUUGCUCCGACAUCUUAUCUAGCUUCAGAAAGUGAAAUUCUAUCCCCCGCAAUUUAUAGGGAGAACCAGCAGUUUAUAAUUGGCGAAAAGUACCUCGUCGCACCAAUAACAGAGCGAAAUCAACGACAGAGACAAAUUUAUCUCCCCGGAAGAGCGAAUAUUUGGAUGAAUUACUUCACAAAUGAGAUUUUGCAAGGAGGAAUUUAUGUGACCCAGAACAUUGAACUUGACGAAGUUUCAUUUUGGGUGCUGGUCGACUAG